CAUUAGCCCUCAUUUCUCCUCGAAGUUAGGAGAUUGUACUUGCUACUUUCCAGGAGUUUUUUUCCAGGCGGCGCGCCGCGGGACGCACAGCUCUGAAGCCAGGACGCACGGUCAGUAUGAUGGACAGAUAGCAGGAGGAGGAAGAGGAAGAGAAAAUGUCGUUCUUUGGCAGAGGCUUUGUGAGGAAGAAAGAGAAAGAGCUGGAGAGGAAGAUCCGCGCCAACGACCGCGACUACAACUUCUCCUUCAGAUAUGCAACGAACGCCAUCAAGACCUCCAAGUACAACCCCUUCACCUUCCUCCCUCUCAACCUGUUCGAACAGUUCCAGAGGAUCGCCAACGCCUACUUCAUGUUCCUGCUGGUGCUGCAGGUGAUUCCUCAGAUCUCCUCUCUCUCCUGGUUCACCACUGUUGUGCCUUUGGUCCUCGUGUUGGCGGUCACCGCUGCCAAGGACGCCACCGACGAUAUCAAUCGCCACCGGAGCGACAAUCAAGUCAACAACAGAAAAGUUCAAGUCCUUAUAGAGAGAAAACUGCGGAGCGAGAAAUGGAUGGACGUCCAGGUUGGAGACAUCAUCAAGCUGGAGAACAACCAGUUUGUCACAGCCGACCUGCUGCUUCUCUCCAGCAGCGAACCACUCAACCUGGUGUACAUCGAGACGGCAGAACUGGACGGAGAGACGAACCUGAAGGUGAGACAGGCUCUGACUGUGACCGGAGACCUGGGAGACGACAUCGAGAAACUGGCAGCCUUCAAUGGCGAGGUGCGCUGUGAACCCCCCAACAACCGCCUCGACCGCUUCACAGGAACGCUAACCUUCUCCGGUCAGAAAUACCCGCUGGACAACGAGAAGAUCCUGCUGCGAGGCUGCACCCUGAGGAACACCGAGUGGUGCUUCGGACUGGUGCUGUUUGGAGGUCCAGAGACGAAGCUGAUGCAGAACUGUGGGAAGAGCACGUUCAAGAGGACGAGCAUCGACCGCCUCAUGAAUGUCCUCGUCCUUUGUAUCUUUGGGUUCCUGGCCUUCAUGUGCACCAUCCUGGCCAUAGGGAACUGUUUCUGGGAGCUGAACGAAGGCUCCCAGUUCACGGUCUUCCUCCCCAGACAAGAUGACAACAGUCCCGGCUUCUCCGCCUUCCUCACCUUCUGGUCCUACGUCAUCAUCCUCAACACCGUGGUGCCCAUCUCUCUCUACGUCAGUGUGGAGAUCAUCCGUCUGGGGAACAGCUUCUACAUCGACUGGGACAGGAAGAUGUACUUCUCCAGGAACGACACGCCCGCCGAGGCUCGGACCACCACGCUGAACGAAGAGCUCGGGCAGAUCAAAUACGUCUUCAGCGACAAAACGGGGACGCUCACGCAGAAUAUCAUGACCUUCAACAAGUGCACCAUCAACGGAAAGUCUUACGGCGACGUGUUUGACUACACGGGUCAGAGACUAGAAGUCACUGAGCACACGGAGACGGUGGACUUCUCCUUCAACCCGCUGGCCGACCCGCGCUUCCUGUUCCACGACCACGCCCUGGUGGAGGCGGUGAAGCUGGAGAACCCUGAGGUCCACGCCUUCUUCAGGCUGCUGGCGCUCUGCCACACCGUCAUGGCCGAGGAGAAGAAGGAGGGCGAGCUCCUCUACCAGGCCCAGUCUCCUGAUGAAGGAGCUCUGGUGACGGCAGCCAGGAACUUUGGCUUCGUGUUCCGCUCGCGGACGCCAGACAGCGUUUCCAUCGUGGAAAUGGGACGACAGCGAAGCUACGAGCUGCUCGCCAUCCUCGACUUCAACAACGUCCGCAAGAGGAUGUCAGUCAUAGUCCGGGGUCCAGAGGGGAAGCUGUCUCUCUACUGUAAAGGAGCCGACACCAUCAUCUACGAGCGGCUGCAUCAGUCCUGCAGUAAACUGAUGGACGUCACCACAGAACACCUCAACGAGUUUGCAGGAGAAGGUCUGAGGACUCUGGCUCUGGCCUACAAAGAUCUGGACGAGGAGUAUUUCAGCGAGUGGAAACAGCGCCACCAUGAGGCCAGCGUUGCCAUGGACGACCGGGAGAGCAAACUGGACGAGCUGUACGAGGAGAUAGAGAAGGACCUGCUGCUGCUGGGAGCGACGGCCAUCGAGGACAAACUGCAGGACGGAGUCCCUCACACCAUCGAGCAGCUGUCCAAGGCCGACAUCAAGGUCUGGGUCCUGACUGGAGACAAACAAGAAACUGCAGAGAACAUCGGAUACUCGUGUAACUUGCUGCGGGAGGAGAUGAACGAGGUCUUCAUCGUGUCGGGGAACUCUCCUGAGGACGUCAGACAGGAGCUGAGAGAUGCCCGGACCUCCAUGAAACCAGCCGAGGACUCGGUGUUCCUGCCUGAAGCUGCUGUGGGUAAAGGAGCGAAGGUGAUCACAGACGAGGUGGUGGACGGAGAGUACGGCCUCGUGGUCAACGGACACAGCCUGGCGUACGCCCUGGAGCGCAGCAUGGAGCUGGAGUUCCUGAGGACGGCCUGCAUGUGUAAAGCGGUGAUCUGCUGCAGGGUCACUCCUCUGCAGAAGGCUCAGGUGGUCGAGCUGGUCAAGAAGUACAAGCAGGCGGUGACGCUGGCCAUCGGAGACGGAGCCAACGACGUCAGCAUGAUCAAAGCGGCUCAUAUCGGCGUGGGUAUCUCGGGCCAGGAGGGCAUGCAGGCGGUGCUGUCCAGCGACUACUCCUUCGCCCAGUUCCGUUUCCUGCAGCGCCUCCUGCUGGUGCACGGCCGCUGGUCCUACCUGCGCAUGUGCAAGUUCCUGCGUUACUUCUUCUACAAGAACUUCACCUUCACCUUCGUCCACUUCUGGUUCGCCUUCUUCUGUGGCUUCUCUGCACAGACGGUGUAUGAUGAGUGGUUCAUCACGCUCUAUAACCUGGUGUACACCGCUCUACCUGUCCUGGGGAUGGGCCUGUUUGAUCAGGACGUGAACGACGUGUGGAGUUUCCAGCAUCCUCAGCUCUACGUUCCUGGUCAACUCAACCUCUACUUCAGUAAGAAGUCUUUCUUCAAGUGCGCGCUGCACAGCGUCUACAGCUCGCUGGUGCUCUUCUUCAUCCCCUACCUCGCCAUGCAGGACACGGUGAGGGACGACGGCAAGGACGUGGCCGACUACCAGUCCUUCGCCCUCCUCACACAGACCUGCCUGCUGGUCGCCGUCACCAUACAGCUGGGCUUUGAGAUGUCGUACUGGACGGCGGUGAACACGUUCUUCGUGUUGGGGAGUCUGGCCAUGUACUUCACCGUCACCUUCACCAUGUACAGCAAUGGCAUGUUCCUCAUGCUGCCCUCAGCCUUCCCCUUCAUAGGAACGGCCCGAAACUCUCUGAACCAGCCCAACAUCUGGCUGACCAUCUUCCUCACCUCCAUCCUGUGUGUCCUUCCUGUUGUUACCUAUCGCUUCCUGUUCGUUCAGCUCUGCCCCUCCAUCAACGACAAGGUGAUGUUUAAGGUGCGUCGGGCCAAAGCGACCCCUCCCCCUCCUCCUCGCCGUACCCGUAUCCGCCGCACCAGCUCGCGGCGCUCCGGCUACGCCUUCUCCCACGCGCAGGGCUACGGGGACCUGGUGACGUCGGGACGCUUCCUGCGGCGCCCCGUCAUCUCGCGGUCUUCGGGCUUCACGGCGGGCCGGACCACCACCGGCUUCAGCCCCAUGGGGCGCUCGGCGGGCUACAGCCCCACGGCCCGGCCCCCCAACGCCAAGACCCCCGACGUGGAGGUGACGUCUCUGCAGAUGUACAGGACCAUCAGAGACGCGGCGCUCUGACACACAUAAAGGUUUAGAGCUCCUCUUAGCAUGGAGAACGAGCUCAAGAUGAGGUCUGAAAAACUUCUGAUCCAAGAUUUUACAGGUUUUCUCGCUUCGGUGCAUUUCUCACAUCACUAUUUAUAUUUGCACAACAGUUAAUGCAUCUCUAAAAAAAACAGUUAGUGCAAGCUACAAAACCUAGUUGAUAACCUGCAAAAACGUGUCACUUGCUCAAAAUGGAUCAUAGCUCAUUACUCAAAAGCAAGUAUUCAUGUUAAUGAAAGUGACAUCAAGAUGAAAAGUCCUGACUAGAGGUCGACCAAAACAUCGGCAGGCCGAUAUAUCGGGCCGAUAUUUGCGUUUUUUACUUGUAUCGGCAUCGGCCGAUACGUGCGUGCGUUCACCGAUCAAUUAUCCCAUUUCACUGAGCCUGCUGCUAUCCUGCUGAUACCGGAAAAAAGAAAAACACAUAAAAUAUGUGGAUCAUCUGAGGCGCCACCACCUCAAGGCCUAGAACAACAUACAGAAAGAAACGGAAGCAGAAGAAUGUUUGUUUUGUUAAUAAAUGUUUAUUUUUUGUUUAAAAUGAGACUAGUUUAACAUUUGUUAUCAUUGUGUCAUUUUUAUCAUGUAAAUGGAGGGAGAAAAGGAAAUAUCGGCUUCAAGAAUCGGCCCCAAAAAAAUCAGCAACACAUAUCAAGGAUCGGUCAAGAUGUCAAAAUAAUCGGUAUCGGCAUCGGCCUUGUAGAACCUGAUAAUUUAAUAAAUUAUUGAUAAUGUAAUAACUUCCCGAUAAUGUAAUAAAAAUCUGCACUUGAGUGCAUUGGAAAUGUAAUAAAACCUGA